AAGGGAUAGAUUUGCUGACAAUAUGGAGAAAUGUUUUGGAAAGAAGGAGGCUGACAUUCUUAGCAAGAUCUGAACUAGUCAGACAUGUACAUGCCAUAUUAUGGUCACAUUAUAGAGACUUAGGGCUAGAUUCACAAAGAUACUUAAGCACCUAAACUUCAGACUUAAGUUCCUCAGUUUUAGGUUCCACUGUGAUUCACAAAACUUCUGAUGAACUCUGUAAGUGCAAAAUUCACAUGGCACCUACAUUUUCUGACUUGAAGUGCCCAUGCUGCCUUAGUUUCUGCCUUUCUGAGCAUGUGCAUUGCUGCCUUACUCUAGGCUUCUCUCCUGCAUAUGCUCCAGACCAAUUCACGAACCAGAGAAGUCCUGUCAGACCACUAACUCCUGGUCUUCAAACUGACAAACUUUCUUCUGAUGUUGGAUAUCAUGGCUGACCCUGCAGUGGAAGAGCAGGUCUCCAAAAUCAGUGAACUUUGCCAUAAAUGUGGCCAGUGCCACCUGUUACAGGACAAUCAUCUUUAUAACUUCCAAGAUGAAGUGGAUGAUGAACUGGUUUGCCAUAUCUGCCUUCAGCCUUUGCUCCAGCCCAUGGAUACACCCUGUGGACACACAUACUGUUUCAAGUGCCUUGAGAACUUCAUGCAGGAGUAUAACUUUUGUCCCAUGGAUCGGAAAAAACUGAGUUUCCAACACUGCCGGAAGUCUAGCCUUCUAGUGAGAAACCUGCUGGAUAAGUUGACUAUCCUCUGUCCCUUCCAGAAAGAGUGUCAGCAGACUAUGCAGAGGUGUGAACUAGAAGCCCACUUACAGAACAGGUGUCCUGGCUUCAAGAAAUACAAAUCCGAUAUAGAAAGGAGAAAAAAUCCACAUUCUAGAGGCAAGGAAGAUCCCAUUACCAGGGAGGAAACGAAUGUUGCCAGAGAGGCGGAGCUAUCAGACGGAGCAUCAUCGCUGGUGGCAGAAAGCUCUAUAGCAGCUGUGGUAUCUCUGGGGACUGUGGAGCCUGGACUCAUUAAUCCAGCCUUUGAGGAGGGUGAAGAAGGCGACCUGCCUCAGAAAGCUAGUCUUGUGGCUGAAACAAGUACGAUUGAAAUUCAUCGAGAUGAUCCAGAAGAAGAACUAGGAAUGCGGAUAGUUGGGGGCAAAGACACUCCUUUAGGGAACAUUGUUGUUCAGGAAGUCCUUCGGGAUUCUGUUGUUGCUGCAGAUGGAAAAAUAGCACCUGGAGACCAUAUCCUUGAGGUAAAUGGUAUCAACAUCAGCAGCGUGACUCAUUGCCAAGCUAUCUCCUUGCUGCGCCACCCAGGUCCUGUUCUUCAACUUAUGGUCCUGCAGGAAAAAGGGUUUUCCAACAGGACUCUCAAACAGGAUUCUAGCCCUGCUGUUAACCGGGAAGUGAUUCACGUUACACUGAUGAAGAGAGACCCAUCUGAACCCCUGGGAAUCAAACUGAUUAGGAAGACAGACGAGGCAGGGAUUUUUAUUCUGGACCUGCUUGAUGGAGGUUUGGCAGCCAAAAAUGGAAAGCUGAGUCGGAAUGACAAAGUUCUCUCUAUAAAUGGCCAGGACCUGAGGCAGGGAACACCUGAGACUGCUGCACAGAUAAUACAGACCAGUGAGGCAAGAGUGAACUUUGUGGUCCUAAGGCAGUCUGGUGUACAGCUGCCAGAUAUUGUUGACGAUGGUGGCACACCAAACAGUAGCAGCAGCAGCAGCAAUGGAGGGAGUCCAGUGCACCAUCGGAGGAGACCUGACCAGAAUCAUUACAGACGAAAAUCAAACUACCAAAAGGAUCUACCUCAGGGAUACCUCAGCCAGGAAAAGACCGUCGCAAUAAAAAAGGAGUUAAAGGAAUCUUUGGGAAUAACUAUUGGAGGUGGAAGGGACAAUAAAAACAAACUUCCUAUUUAUGUAACUAGCGUGCAACCCAUUGGAUGCCUCUUCAGGGAUGGCAGGAUCAAGAGAGGAGAUGUGCUUUUGAAUAUAAAUGGCAUCGAUUUGACUCAUCUAAACUACUAUGAAGCUGUCUCUGCACUGAAAUCCAAUGCAGCUUCCCACACCGUAGUGCUGAAAGCCCUGGAAAUCCUUGUACCAGAGAGGGUGCCAGAACCCACAGACCCAUCUUCUGAUAUCAGGGAACACGGAUUCAGUUGGUCACCCCUUUGGAUCACAUGGCUCGGAUUACCUACCUACCUUCACUGCUGUCAAGAUAUUGUCCUUCGUAAAAGUAACUCAGAAAGCUGGGGAUUCAGCAUUGUUGGAGGCUUUGAAGAAGGCAAAGGAAACCAACCAUUUUUCAUUAAAACCAUAGUGCCUGCAACACCUGCCUUCCAUGACAGAAGACUAAAGUGCGGAGAUGAAAUAGUGGCAGUAAAUGGAGUAUCUGCUAUAGGAAUGAGCAACUCUGAGCUAAUUCCCAUGCUGAAAGAACAGAAGAACAAAGUCACUCUUACAGUUGUAUCUUGGCCUGGAAGUCUUGUGUAAACAUCAAAGCCAAAUCUAUGUUCACUUGAUUUAUGAGCCUCUUUGGGACCAGAAGAUCAUUAGAUUGAUGGGAUAAGGAAACCCUGAACUCUUGUCAUAUGAUGUGUACUAUCCAGUAGGCUUUCAUUUCCUAUUUGAAGAAAACAUUUCCAGAACUUGAUGAAGGCAAAUGUAGCUUGUUGAUAUAUCUAAAUUUUAGAUCCAACAUCGUAGCAGAUUGGAGUGGCACUUUCUCUAACUUCAUCAUGGAGUUCUAAUCAGUACAGGAUUAGUGUGGGGACAGUUAUUUUUUUCCAGUGGUCCUAUAUGAAUUGUGCAUCUCUAUUUUGAGCCAGUCUCCUUUUUUCCUCCAAAUCCUAUUUUAGCUGUGCCAAACCCAUGAUUGUAACUAAAACUUACCUAAUCUCCUAAAAUAAGAGCAAUGUUUAACACACUGGUCAAGGGUCGCUGGUUGGCUGGUGUACUUGGACAUGCCAUUUUGUAUCUGUUUUUAAAAGCCGCUAAUAAUGAAAUACGUGGACCGAUAAAAUGGUUCAUUACGCAUGGUGUUUACAUUUCUUGCCCAUAGAAGUCUAGUAUUUUUUCAAUCCUUUUGUUGUCAGGUAGAUUAAGAAUUCCUGUUAGUGCUAACACAUUGUGUUGGCUUGUGCAGAAAUCCUUACUCCUGGUGCUAGUUAAGUGAAUUGUUAGAUUUCUAACCCUUCCUCAACUCUGCUCUCCUUGCCUUGUGAUUUUACUAAAACCAUCUUUUAU